AUGCAUCCAUUUUUCGCCGCAGACGAGCCACUUACUUUACCUCUUACACGUUGCAAUUUAGCCUACUCCUGUACAAAUAUCGGUAUGAGUGACGCCACCCGCGAUAAAUUCCUCAACUUUCAUAACGAAGCUCGUCGUGAAAGGGUAGCCAAAGGAAUUGAGCCAAAUAAUGUCGGGUAUCUUAAUCCAGCAAAGAAUAUGUACAAACUGGAAUGGGACUGCACAUUGGAGCAGCAAGCACAGAAUGCCAUUGCCUCUUGCCCUAGCAGCUUAGGAUCAUGGUCAAAUAUAGCACAGAACUUAAUCAAAUACACCAGCACUGGCACAUUUUCCAAUCCAUCUGCUCAGAUAGAUUCUACACUAAACAGCUGGUGGGGCAAAGCAAAGCAGUACGGUGUAACCGAUGCACAAAAUAGAUACACUAGCAGUAAUUUAUACACCUUUGCCAACAUGGUCUAUUCCGAGACGACAAAGAUUGGCUGUGCAUAUAAGGUCUGCUCUGGCAGCCCUAACGCUUUAACUAUUACAUGCCUUUACAAUGCUAUCGGCUACUAUACCAAUGGUGUGAUGUGGACAACUGGUACUGCUUGCACUCUUGGUGCAAAUUGUACCACCUAUGCCAACUCAGGCUGCUCAGCUGGUCUCUGUACAAAAGGACCAGAUGUUCCAGGUAUCCUUCUAUCGAGCCUUGCUCGUGGUUUAGAGCCCGAUGCACUAGGUGGUAAUGCCCCUAAAGCCUCUAAAAUGCUGAAGAUGGUAAAGCUAUAUGAAAAAUUUCUUAUCAAGCCUGAUUUUAACGUCUAUGACUGCUCUGUAGAGGCUAGUGCAUUGAGACAUGCAAACAAAUGUGUUUACGCACAUUCUAGCAGUUCUGAUCGGUCAGGAUUAGGAGAAAAUCUUUUCUAUACAAGCGCUCUUAACUUUGACAAAGUCAAAGCGGCUACUCAAGCUUCUCAAAUGUGGUGGGAUGAAUUGAAACAAUAUGGUGUUGGCUCUUCAAACAACCUUACCCUCGCAUUGUAUAACAGACCCAACACACAAAUUGGUCACUACACCCAGAUGGCGUGGGAAACCAGCUACAGGCUUGGAUGCGCUGUCGUAGCUUGCUCUAAUUUUACAUAUGCUGUGUGCCAAUAUGGACCAGCGGGUAACUACAUCAAUAGCCUGAUUUACACCAUGGGUAAUCCUUGCACAUCUAACGCUGGGUGUCCGGGAUCCUACACAUGUAGUGUGGCCGAAGGACUAUGUAAUGUUGUAUAA